AUGUCCUCCCUCCCAACAUCCUACAACACCCUCUCCCUCCCCCAAAUAACCCUCUCCCACCACCCCGCCUCCUCCCCCUCCCCAACCCCAGUGAUACUCCUCACCCUCAACCGCCCCUCCGCCCGCAACGCCUUCACAGACGAAAUGGCGUCCUCCCUAGCAAAAGCCUACACCCUCCUCUCCACCGACCCCCGCGUAAAAGCCAUAGUCCUCACCGGCUCAGACCCCUCCAACAAGACCUUCUGCGCAGGAAUGGACCUCCACAACCGCGUCCGCCUCCCCUCCCACCGCGACGCCCACCGCGACACGGGAGGCCUCGUCGCCCUAGCAAUGCACAACUGCUCGAAACCCAUCAUCGCCGCAAUAAACGGCUCCGCCGUCGGCGUGGGCAUCACAAUGGCCCUCCCCGCCUCCAUCCGCAUCGUCUCCCGCGACGCGAAAAUCGGCUUCGUCUUUGGGCGGCGCGGGUUCAACAUGGAGGCCUGCUCGUCCUUUUACCUCCCGCGCCUCAUCGGCGCCGGCCCGGCGCUGCAUCUGUGUACCACGGGAGGGGUAUACCCCGCCACGAGCCCGCUACUGCGCAACUUAUUCAGCGAGAUCGUCGCGCCGGACGAGGUUCUCCCGCGCGCGCUGGCGGUCGCCGAGGAUGUCGCUGCGAAUGUGAGUACCGUGGCCGUGAGGGUGAUGCGGGAUAUGAUUCUGAGGUCGCCGGCGAGUCCGGAGGAGGCGCACCUGCUGGAGAGCAAGAUCUUCUUCGACCUGUUUAGCGGGAAAGAUAGUAAAGAGGGGAUGGAGAGUUUCAUGGAGAAGAGAGCGCCGCGGUUCGAGGCGACGAUGGAGAAGGAUGCGCCGACGGCGUACCCGUGGUGGAAAGAGGUUGAUAUCAAAGCAAAGAUUUGA